AGUGGUGAUACGUUACUGUUGUCGAGGUUGCAGAUGUUUGGCUGGUCACGCCUUCCUCCAUUCGCUCCACUAAAAGCUUAGCGUCAUGCUUCUCUACCGCGGCGGCCGUUGCGCCUACACGACAACGCUCCUGUUAUGGACAUCCCUCUCGCUAUGCUCGGCCACUUAUGUGCAGAAGAACACCACCACCACCCCGGGCUACACACUACUGCCAGGAGUGUCGAGCGUACCAGCGCCUAUAAUAGUCGCGCCAGACCAGGGCUUCUUGGGCAUUGAUGGAGCAUGGAAUACCUUCUCUUUGCGAGUGGGCUCACAACAGUCCAUUGCUAAUGUCUUUCCGUCAACAGCUAGUCAGCAAAUAUGGGUUGUAAAUCGCGACGCUUGUGUAGGCCAGUACGAGGAUACGAGCAUCAACAAGACGGUGAUCGGAUUCGACCAGAAAUGCAAGGGCAGUCGCGGAUACUUGUUCAACACCACGGAGUCAAGCACCUGGGAUGAACAAGGCUUCUACGGUCUCUGGGUCGGCGGUACUUAUGGGUUGUCUGGCAAUGGCUACUACGGUUAUGAUGCGGUUGGGCUUGGUAUACCGGGAGAGGAGGGUCCAACAGUCGACAACACCACGAUCGGUACGCUCAAAAACUCCAACUUUUGGCUGGGUCAGCUGGGAUUGCAUCCAAAGCCAACGAACUUUUCGGCCGAUUUAUUGUCAACGCCUCCCGUACCUAGCUACAUGACAAGGCUUUUUGAGCAAGGCAAUAUCCCCAGUCUGUCAUUCGGCUACACAGCGGGCGUCCAGUACCAUGAUACGCUGUUCCUCGGCAGCUUGACCCUCGGUGGCUACGAUUCCUCGCGAUAUAUUUCGAACAACGUCUCUUUCGUCUUCUCACCUGACAACGAACGUGAUUUGGUUGUAGGACUUGCUGGACUGACUGCAAAUACCACCACUCGGUCCGACAUCAACCUUCUCCCAGCUGGGACGGAUGACGUGACCUUGUUGAUCGACACGACUGUAGCAGAGCUCUGGCUACCAUUGGCGAUUUGUGAAGCUUUCGAGAAAGCAUUCGGAUUGACGUACGACAACACAACUAAACUAUACCUCGUGGACGAUUUGCUGCACCAAACACUGCUGGCUCAGGAUCCCAGUGUCACAUUCAGCUUGCGCCAGGCACACACUACGGAUCAGACGGUACAAAUCACAUUACCCUACGCCGCAUUUGACCUGGAAGCCCAACACCCUUACAGGGGCUUGAACGAAACGACAAGAUACUUCCCUUUGAGACGUGGCGACAACAAAACUCAGUGGGCUUUAGGGAAAACAUUUUUGCAGGAAGCUUACAUCAAGGUGGAUUGGGAGAGAUCUCGCUUUAACGUCUAUCAGUGCGACUGGACCUACGGCAAACCGACUAACGUCGUAUCUAUCGUCUCACCCAUUUAUGCGGAAGUGGCCACCGCCAUCACGAAAACGGGAGAAUCUCACACAGGGGUAAUAGUCGGCAUCGCUGUUGGCUGCGUAUUCAUUGUAAUCUUCAUAGCCACUGCCAUUGCUGCAUACCUCUGGCGUCGACGUUGCAACGCAAUAGCAGCGAAGUACGCAGCUGAUGCCGCCGAAGCAGAGGCCGCAAGGAAGGCGUCGCCCACCGAUAGAGAUGAGCCUCUCUCUUCACCUGUGAGCGAGAAGGUGCCAAACGUGUUUCCCAAGGCCGAGCUCCCUGGACAGUCGAACGUCCAUUGGCAUGAGAUGGGUACAGACGACAAAGAGAAAGGCUCCAUCGAGGUCAUGGAAGUGGACAACACCGAACGACCUGUUUACGAGAUGCUUGGAGACAUCCCUGCCCCCCAGGAAGCCGCCGGUCGUCAGCUGUCUGAGAAAGAGACGAUGCUAGUUCGAGAAAAGAACAUCAAUGGGGUCGAUACAAAUGCAAGGACUCAGGCCACAUCAACUAUUGCUCGACCUGCUCCAGUUGCAUCUCUGGAUGAUAUCGCCAUGGUGAACACCAGAUUACCAAGCAACGGCGUGUCACCCGUCACACCACGAGCACCCAGAAACGGGGCCCAUCUCGAGGCAGGCGAUACGUUAUUUCAACUGCCACCAUAUCGUGCACAGCGAGACGGUCGCUCCGUUGAUGACCUACUCUCUCCCAUCUCUCCUCUCGAUGCGCCUUCAUCGACGGACAGCUCGAGACGGCGCUUCUCUUACGAGUCAUGAUUACGGUGUUGUGGGCGUUGGGUUGAUGCAUACUUACAAUUGGCGUUUUUCUGGUGUUGGCGCCAUCGGUGGAGUCCAUCUCGAUCUAUUUAGCGGCAUACGGCGCAACAGGGGCGGCGGGUAUGGCGUUCAAGAUCUUGAAUCA